AUGUCUGGAUUUGAUGUUUUCCAUGAGGUGGCGAACCGCCUCGCCGGUUCACCUUCCGUGGCUCUUGCAUUGUCAGUCGCAAUCAUCUUCCUCGUGAUCAGUUGCUUCCGACCAACCUCCAAUUCACCGCCGCGCCUCAAAGAGACCAUCCCAUUUAUCACUAAUACAAUACAAUACCUGACCAAUGCUGGUGUUUUCAUUGACAACGUGGCGGAGACUCUGAAUGCCACCGGGACCAACAUCGUCAAAUUCUACGUGGGUUUCAUGCCCGCUUACGUAGUGACUGGCACAAAGAAUGUUCAAUAUGUUCUCAAUUCGCCGGCGCUCCUGGACGGAAACUUCCUGCAGCUUAUCCUAAUGGAUAAGCACUGGGGCUUGUCCGAUCAUGAGAUUAGCAAGUUUGCCAAUGACAAGUCUGGGAGGUCCAAGGUCCCGGCGAAAGUGUUGGACACGCCCGAAGACCAACGGUACUGGCUGGGACACGACCGUCUAUACGUGGAGUAUCUCAGCAAUCGAAAACACUCCGAUGCGCUCGCCGAUUCGUUUUACACUUUGUUCGCAGAGCGAUUGGACAAGCAGUUCACUACGGAAUGGGCGACUGUUCAGUUGUUUGAUUUGCUGAAAGUAUCCAUGGCAGAGAGCGCCAUCAUUUCGCUCUUCGGGUCGAAGAUUAUCGACCUGAAUCCCGGUUUCGUCGAUUGUUACUGGGACUUUGACGACGUUGCUGGCACUCUAGCUUGGGGGCUGCCAAAAGUCUUUCAACGCAAGUCCAUCACGGCCAAGGACAAGCUCCACUCGAUGACAAGGAAGCACAUUGAUUCUGCGUGGGAGCACUUUCGAUGGGAUGGUCCAGAUGCAGAGUCCACCUGGGAGCCUCACUUUGGCUCAAGAUUGUCUCGCGAGACAGCGAAGUGGCUCCGUGAAGGGGGGUUCUCAAACCAAGCAGCCGCUGGUCACACCCUUGCAUCACUUUUCGGCCUCAACGGCAACACCGUUCCCGUGACGACGUGGGCAAUGAUCGAGGUGAUCAAGGACGCGUCCCUCUUUCAGGCCGUUCGGGACGAAUCGCUCAGCGCGUACACGACAGACCCAGUCACAGGGGAGCGUCGGAUUGAUGCGAAAAGGCUCAUCAAUCUUCCUCUCAUGCAAUCUCUCUACGUCGAAAUCAUGCGUCUCCACGUGUCCUUCAACGUAACGCGCAAAGCCACCCAGCCCUUGUGA